AGAAAGAGCUCAGUAGAGACUGAGUGACAUUUUCAGCUCUCCACACCCAGAUCUCUGGAAAAUUCCUUCACUUUGCAGGCUGCUGCAGAGCUCGCUCCCCGAGGCCGACAGAGAGAUACGGGAAAAGGUGAAAUAUUAACUGGCUGAUUUUGGGAUUUUGCCUAUCUUUUGCAAGUGUUGCGGCAGAUGACUACAUAACCUUGGAAUUUAGGUUAGGAGGCUAUAUGUAGAACAUUUCCCUUGUGAAGCUAAAAGAAGACAAACAUUUACGGAUACAAAAGAAGAUCCUUGUGCAGGGAGCCAGAGGUGGAUAAGAGCUGACCUGUUUCCUGUUGGGGAGCAUCUGUUAAUUCCUGCUCGCCUGUCACCCUGGGGAAGGCAACGCUCCUCCGUUUCCCCCCCUCCUCUUCAUCAUCAUCACCCCCAUCGCCCUCACCACCGUUGAAGUCCAUUUCAGCGUCCCGUUGCACUCUGAACUCGGGUAUCAGGUGGAAGAGGCUUCGGCUCCUGGGAUCGCCCAUCAUGCACAUCAAGACUACAAAGUGUAACCGCUUCUGCUUGGUCGCUUCCGUGACUAACCAGGAAGUGUUCAGUCGUCCUGAGACGCAGGCCAGUUUUGAGGCCUUGUUCCGUUCGUUCAACCCAGAAGUGCAGUUCCAGUACUUCAGGUCUUUCCGGCGGGUCAGGAUCAGUUUCAGCGACGCUCUGGCUGCGGCUGAGGCGAGACUGCGACUGCAUAAGACUGACUUCAAUGGCAAAGAGAUGAGACUGUACUUUGCCCAGUCUGUCCAUAUAGGGAGUCCUCGGCUGGAGCCCCCCAAGCCAGACAAGCAGUUCCUGAUCUCCCCCCCGGCCUCCCCUCCCGUUGGCUGGGAGCAGUCUCAAGAUGCUACGCCCGUCAUCAAUUACGAUCUGCUGUGCGCCAUCUCAAAACUAGGACCAGGGGACAAAUAUGAGCUCCACACCGCCACGCCCACCACCCCCAGCGUGGUCGUCCACGUCUGCGAGGACAAGAGCGGCGACAGCUCGGCCCCCGACGACAGCGACCAGGACGACAAGCCCCGCCCGCAGCGGCCUAAGAUCAUCCAGACGCGGCGUCCUGACUACAGCCCCGAGGUCAAGCAGUGAACGACGGCAAGGGGGGGCAGCAGUGCGACAUUCCAUCCUGAUUAGACUGGUCGAGAGCCGAACGCACUCUCUGAGCUUUGAGGGUUUGGCGCCCGCGGGCGCCGAGACGUCCCGUAGACGAGCAUUUCAUAAGGAGAGAAAACACAAUGUGGAAUGCUGCAUUCAUGUCCCACGGGAAAGACGUGAUACGAACUACAUAGUUUGCGUAGCCAUCAAUUGAUUUGUACUGUGUGAAUUUGCAGUUUGGAGAAACGAUGUAUACCACUUUUUUUGUACUGUAGUGUUGAAGAUGCCGGAGGUUUGGUUUGUGGUGAUGUUUAAAAAAAAAAAAAAAGACUUAAGUUUGUUUUGUUUUUGAAGAUGGUCAGGUGCAAAUAAAGUCUGUGCGAGAGCAUCAAA